AUGGUCCGCAUAGAAGAACUCCCUGAUGAUUUCGAAGAAUCCCUCGAUCUUAAUAAACCCCACGCUCCGGGACCUACACUGGGCGCGCAGGCUAUCCUCAACGAAACACCCUUCGGCAUCAAGGAAAAUGCCUCCGUACAGGACCCAACCGCCCCUCCCAUGCCGCCUGGCAUGGCCUCGGUCAAGUCGCAUACAGCAGAAGAAAUAUUUGACAUGAUGAAUAAGACCCCGCUGUUCAUGACUGAUCUUUCGAAAGCAACGGAUGGAGAUGAGGAAAAUAUUGGUCUUGAAGCCAUGCGGGCUUUGCAAUAUGAAGGGACACGAGCGGAAGUGGCUCAGGGAUUUCGGGAAUCGGGAAACCAGGUCACGAGGCAGAAGAAAUGGGCGGAUGGGAAAGAAUUCUACACCAAGGCUAUUGCGGUGCUUACAGACGAUAAUAAAUGGGAGAAGGGCGAGGACCCUGAAGGGGAUCGUAUAAAGGAACGCGAAAUCGCGGAAGCUUGCUAUACGAAUCGCGCAUUGUGUAAUCUGGAAUUGAUCUGCUGGCUGAUUUACAAACUAGAAAACUACAGGUCAACCACUCUCGACUGCGCUUCGGCGCUGAAACUCAACCCGAAAAAUGUCAAGGCUUACUACAGAUCCACCUGUGCCCUCUUCGCACUCGACAAAAUCCCCCAAGCAGAAGAUACAUGCGCAAGGGGGCUAGCCUUAGACCCGCCCAACAAACCAUUGCAAACCAUGUCUGCCAAAAUAUCCGCGCGCAAAUCCGCCCUCGAGGAAAUCGCCGCCAAGCGACGUGCCGAAGAGGAGCGCGCCCGCAAGGAGAAACUGCUCCUUAACUCCGCGCUGCGGGCCCGUGAAAUCAGAGUCCGGAACUCCGACCAGCCACCCGAACUUGAAGAUGCCGUUAUACACCUGUCCCCUGACCCGCUCUCACCCAAAAGCACCCUCGUCUUCCCCACCGUCUUCCUAUACCCCUUGGAAGCGCAGUCGGAUUUCGUCAAAGCUUUUGCUGAAACAGAGACGAUUGGCGACCAGCUAAGUUAUAUAUUCCCCUUGCCGUGGGAUUCACGGCAGGAGUACAAGCUUGAGUCUGUGGAAUGCUUUAUGGAGACAGCGGCUGGGGGACUUAUCAAAGUUGGGAAGAAAAUGCCGUUGUUGAAGAUAUUGGAGGGCGGAAAGGUGGAGGUUGUGGACGGGCUGGUUAAGAUCAAUAUUGUGCCGACGGGCAAGUCAAAGCAGUGGAUUGAGGAGAUGAAGGCGAGGAAGGUGGUUUGA